AUGCCCAUGAUCCAAAAUAUCCGCGCGGUCUGGAGGGCUCCCUGCGUUCACCUGAUCCGCUUGCUGUCCUUUUUGGUUACAGCUUCCGGCUCCGCAUCUGUGAUCGUCUACGUAUUCCUAGGAGGCAGACCGCAGGCAUGGACUUUCCCUGCAGCGCUCUCACUGGGCCUGAUCCUCCUUGGGGUGGUGGCCUGCCUUGCGAGUUUCCGAGGGGAGAGUCAGGAGGUCGAGGAGGCCUUGGAAAAGGCCGAGAGUGGAGAGUGCGUCUGCGUUUGGGCAUCUCUUCGCUUCGGCAGCAUUGGGUCUGUUACACCCGAGUUCCGGCAGGUCUGCGUCAGACAGGCUGAGAAGAUCGAGUGGGAGGCAGGUGCCGUUAUUACACGGCUGGGGGCCUCGGACCCUGCUACAGACAAGACAUGCAUCUGCUGCCUGGAGGAUUACCAGCCAAACAACCGGAUAGCACUGCUACCUUGUGGCCAUGUUUUCCACGAGGAGUGUCUUGCAUGUUGGUCGGUGUCCUCUGCUGCAUCAGGCAGAUGUUGCCCAACUUGCCGCAAGAGCUACAGUAUGGGUGAUGUCUAA